AUGAAUAAUUUUAAAGAGGAAAUUGAUGAUGCUAUAAAUGAUAUUGAAUAUGGUGUUGAAAAAGUUGAAUUGGUUUUAGAUCAUCCUAUUUCUGAGAUUAAUCACGUUGCUGUUAUAAAAACCAAUACAAAAGAUAAUUUAGAAUUAUUAAUUAAAAUGUCUUUAGUUGAUGGUUAUUCUAUAAUUGAAUACAUAAAUAAAACUAAAGAUACUCAGUUAGAAGAAGGUCUAGAUUUUCAAAAAUCAUUUGAUUCAUUACCAAAUUUAUUAAUGUAUUAUAGCCCAGAAUUUCAAAAACAAUUUGGGUUGAAAUUAUUUGAAAGAUUAUCAAAUAUUAAAUCAUAA